AAGCGGCCAGAUCAGUGGCCAGAUUGCACGGACGGGGGGGACACCGAUUCACAGCCCACGAAGUGUUGCUGCGCAGGGUAGAGGACGGACCAAUUGCGUUGGUGCCACAACUCCCCGCGCUUCUUCCUCCCGCUGCUCCUCUCAACUUCCAACCUAUUCCCCCUGUCCCGUACUAAAUGCCUCCCUUCUUCUCUUACAACACCCUCCCCUAUCAGCUCACGGAGGGCCCUUAUCCCAUGCGCGAGUUCUCGAAGUAUUUGGUGGAGCUCACUGACGUGGAGCCGCUGCCCUUCACCGACGAAGACGCGCGGGAGUUGCACCGUGCGCUGUACAAGUCGGUGGCGCUGAGGAUGUUCCGGUUCUUUGUGGAUCACGAAGACCACUGCAUCAGGGAGCACUUCGUUGUCUACUACGUCAUCACACGGCCCAAGCCAGCAGAGAAGGAAGGGACGGUGGCGUUGUACCCAUUCGCCCAGCUCCAGACGAUCGAUCCGGGAUUGUUGGAGCUCAUACAUCUUGAGCUCCUCUCCAUUGCGCAAGUGAUCGCGAGCGAGGAGGAGGAGAUCGAACCACGAUUGCGGACGGCGACGGCCCCGCGGAGAACGUACAACGCGGUCGUCAUCCCGGAUUACAUUGCGCAGCGCGCGGAGAGGUUGGAGGACUUCCCGGAGGAAAAGCCGUUGCGGCCUCCCUCGUCGUAUCCUCGACCGGCACCACCGAAGGCCCCGAAGAAGACGCCGAAGAGGAAGAGACGCCACCCGUCGCCAGGAGCGCAAGGCAGCAGGAUCGGCGGCGGCGAGGAGGUGAUUCAGCCUGCGCGUACGCGGAAUCCUGACCCCGUGCCUGGGAGUGCGGCGACGCUCGUUAAGGAGAUUGUCGUGCCAUCGCCGCCCUUUCCGCGUGUGCCCGAUCUCAAUCUUGAUGGAGUCAGGCCAUCAGCAGCAGCAGCAGCCGGAGGAGGAAGCCGAAUGGAAUUUCCAGAUCCCAUAUCCAGACCCCCCGUCCUCGCAGGACCUCUCCGCUCCCGCCAGCCACCCCGGGGUGCCCCGGUCAUUGACAUUAGUAGUUCCUCCGAGUCGGACAGUCCAUCCGACAGAGGUGGACUUCAUGGUGGAGUCCGCCACCAUGAGGCUCGAGGCCAUCGCGGGGGCGCCGCGCCCUGAUCCGGCAUGGGAGCCAUAUCUGACACCCCCUUUUCAAGGGUGUAUUACGGCGCGAUUGGCUGGGAUGCUCAUCUACGAGACCGGGCAGCGUCCCAAUGCGAUGUACCACUUCCUUGUCUUCGCGGCGCAAAAGCGGGAGCGGCGGCCUUACACCGA